AACUCGCUCAAUAUAUUCGGGUUGUCCGCGUGGACACCAAAUAAUCCUCUUUAGCUAGAAUUGAUUAAAACGUUUUGAUUAAAGAUGUAAUUUGAAAACGGAAUUGUUAACGUCCAUAACGAUGAAUAUAUCGAGCUAUGCAUUACGUAAUCGUUGCCUUCGUUAUGGCAAACGUUAUCGCCAUUAUAUAUUAUUAAAUCGAUCCAUUGAUGGCCAAUCGAUUCUUUGUAAUUGCUGCUGCUGUGAUGGUUGUAAUCUAUUAUUCACUACAAUCAUAAUACUAGCCAUAAUGUCAUCGUUCAUUUGCUUUUCAUUAUUUUGGUUCAACAACCAUAAUGAUACACAAUCAAUGAAUCUUGGCAUUGCGAAAGAUAUUCAACCAAACCAUUUGUAUCGUGAUGAAAAUCAACCAAAUUCAUUUUACAUACAAAAUUAUGUGCAAAUCGUUCAUGAGACCAAUGAGUCACGUCUCGGAAUGAUCAAUGAUGAUCGAGAUCGAGAGAAAAAAGAAUCCGGUUUUUCUUUAUAUGCAUUCAAUGCAUUAGUCAGCGAACGACUUGGUUAUCAUCGUCAACAUUUACCCGAUACUCGACAUGAAUAUUGUCGCCAAUCUACCAGCAAUAUCGAUAAAAACAUAUCCGACCCAUUGAAUACGACUGUGAUAAUAUGCUUUUUUAAUGAAGAAUUCUUUACAUUAAUACGUACAGUAAAUAGCAUUUUUGCUCGUACACCGUCCAAUAUGUUGACAGAAAUUCUUCUCGUCGAUGAUUCUAGUGAAAAUGAUGUACAUUCUAAAUAUGAAGAAUAUCGAAACCAUGAAUCGAUCGAUUUUGCUGAUGAUUUUCGUCAUAAAGUUCGAUAUAUUCGUACACCUGAACGUUCUGGCCUGAUUCGUGCACGUAAUUAUGCCGUACAAUUUGCACGUGGUACCAUUCUUUUCUUUUUGGAUAGCCAUUGUGAAGUGAAUGUUGGAUGGUUGCCACCGAUACUUGAACGAUUAACAUAUAAUCGAUCCAUAGUUGCCUGUCCGAUAAUCGAUCUGAUAGAUCCAGAUACUUUUAUUUAUAAACCAUCACCAAUGGUACGUGGUGGUUUCAAUUGGGCCUUACAUUUCAAAUGGGAUUCCAUUCCAAGUGAUCAAUUGAUGACCAAAGAGGAUUUUGUCCAACCCAUAAAAUCGCCUGCAAUGGCUGGUGGAUUAUUCGCCAUUGAUCGGCAAUAUUUUCAACAGCUUGGUACCUAUGAUUCCGGUAUGAAUAUAUGGGGUGCUGAAAACAUUGAAUUUUCAUUACGGAUUUGGAUGUGUGGUGGUCGAUUGGAAAUCAUUCCUUGUUCACGUGUUGGACAUAUAUUUCGUAAACGGCGUCCAUAUGAUUCACCUGAUGGCCAAGAUACAUUGGCUUAUAAUUCAUUACGUGUAGCACACGUUUGGCUUGAUGAUUACAAGAAAUAUUUUCUAAAAAGUCGUUCAGAUCUGGCCACAAUGUCAUAUGGAAAUAUUGAAGAUCGAAUUGAACUUCGUAAUCGUCUUGAUUGUAAAUCAUUCGAUUGGUAUCUCCAUAAUGUUUAUUCCGAUCUUUUGGAUCAGAUUAAUAAUCGAUCAUCGAAUUCGAUUCAAAACUCUGGAAGAAAAAAUCCAAAUCUAUUUGCUCAUAAACAGCCUAAAAUAUUAGAUAAAUUUCGAAUUCGUUUGAAUGGAACAAAUUUAUGUUUGGAAUCGGAAUCCGAACUUUCAUAUAAAAAUUGUCAUGUACACAUGCAACAAUGUUUACGAUCAUCAAGACGACAAAUAUGGAAACAAACCGAUCUCAGUGAAUUACGUAUGAACAUGAAAGGAUGUCUGGAUUCAGGAUCACCAAAUAAAAUUGAUAUAAUACGUUUGAAUAAAUGUCAUCAGAUGGGUUCAACACAAAAAUGGUCAUGGCCUACAAUGAAUUUGACCAAUGAAAAUUCAAAAGCAAUACAAAUCUAUAAUGAUGGAUCCGGUAUGUGUUUAUCAGUGAACACUAAUGAUCGAUUCAAAGUGAUUAUGUCUUUCUGUACAUCGAAUAAUAAUAUUGAUAAAUCAUCUACUAUUUUGAAUCAUUGGAUUAUAGUUCGGCAUUGAA